AUGAAGAAGGAGUUCGAGAUGACAGACUUAGGUCUGAUGAAAUAUCUUCUUGGCCUAGAAGUGAAGCAAUCGGAGGAAGGGAUUUUUAUAUCCCAAGAGAGGUACGCGCUUGAAAUUUUAAAGAAGUUUAAAAUGGAGGACUGCAACCCAGUUUCAACUCUAAUGGAACAAUGCAUUCAACUCUCAAAGUUUGAUGGAGGAGAACGAGCUGAUGCUGGGAGAUAUCAAAGCUUAGUCGGAAGUCUAAGGUAUCUUACAAGCACGAGACCCAACCUAAUAUUGAGUGUUGGAAUAACAAGCAGAUUAAUGGAGGAUCCAGGCUAUGCACAUUGGAAGACCUUGAAGAGAAUUCUGAGAUAUGUUCGAGGAACUAUUUCACUUGGUAUUUUCUAUUCAAAAUCAGAUGACUACCGAUUAAUGGGUUACUUUGAUAGUGAUUGGUAUGGUGAUAUUGAUAACUGGAAAAGUACUUCGGGUUAUGUAUUCCUACUUAGAAAUACGACUUUAACUUGGUUGUCGAAGCAGCCUAUUGUAACUCUAUCGACCUGCGAGGCAGAGUAUGUGGCGGCCUCUUGGAGAGUGUGUCAUGCAGUCUGA